AUGGACGAUUCAUUCGAUGAGCUUGUGCCUGAUAACUGGCUGGAACUUCCUAGUAAACGGAAACUAGAAGAGCCAGCAGGUGCCAGCAUUUCCAGUUACAAGCAUCCAAGAUUGAGUGCUUCUUCUUCAAACGAUAUAUCAGUGACAUUGUCAUCCAGAACAUGUGACUCCCAUGAUUCUGACAAUUCUGAUGGGACAAAUGAGGACACUUCAGUGAAUGAGCCAGAUUUUACACACAUUGAACAUUCUUGUGAUCCUUUAGAAGUCCAGAAAAGUGCUGUGAUAAACGGAAAUAACCACUCAGAUGAUGAUGUGUUUUCAAGAAUGACACAAACAGGUUAUUCUAGUCAUGCCAGUGAAAAUGGGAUUGUUUAUGGAGGCAGCAGUUCAGAACUUCACAUGAAAAAAUGCCUGACAAAUAAUCUAGAUUCAAGAAUUCUUUCUUGCCUUUCUACUGUGGAUAGUAAAGAUGUUGUGGACAUUGGAGAUGAACAAAUCUCAAGGGAAGGUGAACCUGGUUGUUCAAAACCAGAGCCUUCACCUCUGAGACCUGGCAGUCCUAAAGAGCCAUCUUCUCCAGAAACAGUCAGUAGAUUAAAAAGUAUUUCCUCCCUUGUCACAGAUGCCAGGGUGAUUGCAGACAUUGUUCCAAAUAAAGAUUUCAGCACAAUAUACGAAUUGUUGCUUGAGCACAGAGACAAAGAUGAUAGACUUGACAUUGUCACAUUUCAGUUGACAAACUCAGACAGUGCUGUUACUGUUUCUGCUGUGGAUAUAUUUGAAGAGGUUAGACUUGUUUCCCAGGCAGUGCCCUCUGCAGAUGUUAAUGAAAUUUAUGCUUUGCUUGAACAGCUUCCACCGUCAUCCAGCAGGGUUCAGGAUGUCAUUACAAAAGUGAAACCAUCUAUUCCUACUGAAAGCUCAGCCCAGGAACAAAUAUCUCUUGUGGAAACCAGAGGAUGA